AUGCCCAGCCCCGACUCUCACCCGCAAACCAAGACGCACAUCGUCAAAGCCGCGCAUGGCUUUGCCUUCGAAGUCAAGAAAGGCGAGCGUUUCCGUGUCGUCGACUUGUAUGGAGAACAAGUCGUCGACUUCGCUGCUUGGGUGCAGGGUACAGAUCUGAAAGAGAAGCUCUCAAUGGACUACACUCGCUACCAUCUAGACGGCGUAACCCCGGCCGUGGGAGAGUAUCUCUGGACAAAUCGAGACGAGCCAAUCCUCAAGCUGGUCCAGGACACUGUCAAAGUCCACGACAUGACGUUCAUGUCAUGCUUCCCAGAGAUGUACGCGAAGAUCGGCCUCGACGGUCACCGCAGUUGUGCGGCCAACAUUGCCGAAGUGAUGAAGCCUUACGGCAUGGGCUCAUACCUGGAAGUCACGUCGCCCUUCAACAUCUUUCAAAACACUCCAAACUACAGCUUGAAAAGAUUGGGAUCCAGCAAAGCAGGCGAUUUUGUGGAGUUCGAGGCCAUGCAAGCUGUCAUCUGCGCAGCCUCAUCGUGCCCUUGGUCACAAGAUGGCUUCAACGGUGGAACCAUCACUGAUGUCGCUGUCGUUACCGGAAUCACAAGUAGCUAG